AUGUCCAUCGGUUUUUUGCCAACAGCCAUCGUGAGAAAUAACUUUGCAUUACUGCGCACAGAAAAUAGGACACGGCGAUUGUUUAGGAGAUAUCCAGGUUUGGUGGAGUUUUUCAACUACGUAUUCAACAACCACAUCAAUGGAAACUUUCCUGUAACUUUGUGGAAUGUGUACGAUCGUGACAUGGAUUGCCGUACAAACAAUAACGCUGAAGGUAAUUGCAGUUGAUUUAUCAAUUAUUGUGAUUCGGUUUUCGCAUGAUAUGUAGAAUUAUCAAGCCGAAGUUUGUGUUAUCAACGUAGCCUAAGGUUGAGCUUAGUAACACGAACCGGAACAGAGGUCAUGAUAAUUCUCCAUAUCAAUAAUUGUUUUAUUAUUUAUUUAAAUAAUGGAACAGCCAAUAUAUUUACGUGUAUUCACAAUUCUUCAGUACUUUGACAGUCCUCAUGACGGCACUAUUUGUGUUUGAGAUGGCAGCAAAAAGACGAAAGUCUGAUAUCUCUAAAGUGAUUCUCAUUAAAAUCUUGUCGUUCAUAUGGGCGUGAUUGCUAAUGUGUUUCCAUGACAACCAUAUAAAAAUAACAAUUAUAUUGAAUCAACUCUGAGAUACAAACAGACUUUCAUGUUUUUGGUACCAUUCCAAGAACUACAAAAGUGGCAGCGUAACUCAACACUCAAGACAUGAAAAACUGUAUAUAACUGCCUAUUUAUAUUCAUGCACGUUUGUCCACGUAUAUAUUACUUGCAAUUGUUCAAUUUAGUGGUUUUAUUAUUAACGCUUUCAUCGCGCUUGGAACAACCGUGUGCAAGUACGCCAUCCCAACUUGUGGAUCUUUAUAAGGCAUUUGAAGGAUCUUCAGGCUCAAACCAAUCAAGGCAUCCGUUCUAUGGAUAACGGUGGGCAACCCACACGAAGGCGUCGCCGCUGGCAACGGUUAGAAAAUCAACUUCAGAGAUUCAAGACCGACUACAUUAAUGGAGUCAGAGAUGUUCAGCGUUAUUGGAAUGCAGUAUCGCAUCUAGUAACUACAUUUUAGAGCAAUUCGAGCUGGGUCUUAUCUAACAUGCAGUACCAUGACGUCAUACUUGAACAUAUACGUCAUACUUGAAUAUAUAAUUCGCUUUAAGGUGGCUCCAUACAGUUUCUUGAAAAAUUUCUCUCAGACCAAAAAGUUUUGUACAUUGAUAUUUUUAUAGAAGAAUGAAACCAGAUGUCAUGUAUAUAGAACAGUAUUUUGAGAAUCAGAAACUGUAACGGAAAAGUCCGUAAUUAUGGUUACCAUGGCAACAAUGGCAUUUCAAAAAAUGGCUGCUAAUUUGCAUUUAAACUAGUUUAAUUCGAAGACAACAAUGGUGCCCCCCAAUUUUUAUUUUAUUAAACGUUUUUCCUAGUAUGAGCAAUCAUUAGGACAAUUUAUUGAAGAAAUUGUAUGGAGCUACCUUAAAACAUUUUUUGAGGGUAGAAGGAACCUCAAAAAGUGCCUAUAUUUACACUAAUUCUUUGGUUCAGAUUUAGGGUAUUGGUUUAGGAUUGGGAAAUUCAGGCCACGUCAUGGCGUGUUACAGUUGUAGAUAGCUAAUAAUAAUUGAACGUUGUUGUCUCGCAAUCAUUAUGAAACUCUCAGUUAUGCAUUUAUGUCCUGCAAACAGCUACAAUAUAAUAAAUAGAAUAAUCUUUUGAACACUUUUUUAUUUUAGCAUAGCAAUUUUGUCAUUUAGGUAAAGCAGUAUGAAGAAAUAUGCAUUAAAUAAAAGAAAAUAUGUUGUUUCGUUAUCUUAAUGAGUCACAACUUGUGCAAGCUAGAUGUUACUCACAGGACAAAUUUCAAUGAUGAACCGUAACAAUCAAAUUUCACGUAGCAUCCGUAGUCAUUGGUCACAUUGCCUUAAGGCUACUUUCAAGUUGCGCAUUUUUUUACGUACGUAUACACUCGGAAAAGUUUAAAUCUUUCUAAAUAAUUGCUUAAAAAGUACACUUAAAAUCAAACACAAAACUAAAUGCUUUCCUUUUAUUCAUUUAAUUAUUUCUCAAGUGGACAAAGGACUUUCAAGUGGAUUUAAAUUGAGGACAUGGCCCCUUUAACUCACAAUUGUUCGUGCAAUACUCAAGCCAAAGAUAUGGGGUUUGAAUCGAUUGCUGACACUUCGUCACUCGAAGAACUUGAGGACUUCAUUGAUAGCGCAUAUUAUAUUGCGAAUGUCGCAGCCACGCCGAAUUUUGCUCAGACAGCCAGCUUUUCUACACCAUUUCAACAACGAGCUGAUGAUAUCCCGACUAUAGCCGAGGCACAACUCCUUACAUUUAAAGAAAAAAUAGAAUCGCAAAUAGAAAAAUUGUUGACUAAAGUGUCUGAACAAAAUCAUAUUAUUGACACAAAUAAACAAGAGCUGUGCCGAUUAGGAAACGAGAAUUUGAAUUUAAAGUCACGCAUUACCGACCUAGAGGAGAAAAUGAUGAUUAAAGACUCGGCUUCCAUAACCUUUUCAAGUCCCUCAAAGCCAUCUUUACAAGAUAAGAAGUCCUUUAACAGUCCUGACAAUGUAAAUCCCCAACACGAUGGAUCAACUAAAAUAAAUCACCCAUCUGGUGCAUUAUCAACCCCAGUUAAUGUAGAUAACCUGCCCGCUGAGGAAAGUUUCCCUACAGUUAUCAUUGAAAUAAAGAACAAUGCCCUAUUAUCCACACAACAAUCUAAGACUACAAUCAACUCCUUCAAAAAAGAUUACUCAUAAAGCCUGAACCGCGAGCCUUUUCAGGCUAAGAAUGUUUUAAACUAUUUGCCCUUAUGCGAAGAUCUAAGUAUAAUCGAAGAUGUUUCUGCAAACCUCACUUUUGACGAAAAUGAAUUAGAUCAGCGUGAGCAGGAUUUAUCCGAUGGGUGUCAACAUUUCAAGCAACGUGGGAAGCAAGGCAUAUGUAGGAAUUGCGAUCGAUCCUAUGCAAAAACCGUGUUAAGCCUUGAUGCCCUUAACCAUGACCAGGUGAAUCCCCGAUCGGAUAGGUCAAUCAGCGAGUCAAAUCUAAAGCAUUGUUCGUCCCCUCAUCUUCCAGCCCCGAGACCCUCAAGUCUUAGACACGGUCAAGUUACAAACCCCUUAGGGUUUCGAAGGCACCAUUGUAGCCGGUAUCCUUUUUUAAAACGUUGUCGUGUCAUUCCUUCGUAUCGGACAGCCCACCGCCACCACUCUCUAGAGUGGUUGGCCCAUCUCCACACAGUGGCCUGUUUGACGAGUCAGCAGCAAACAAUAUGAUGAAAAUACCUGUUAGAAUCACUUCACGUCAGAGACCAUCACGUCAGAGACUAUCAUAUCAACUAACCAUUAAUAAUUCUUCUAGUGUUAACAAUAACUUGCAAAAUAGAAAUCUUGUUCGUGUUCCUUUGUCCAACCCUGCCUCUCCAAACGCUUCCGCACUCUCGUGGUCACUCACGUCGAAAACCACUAAUGAUACGGCCUCAGCCCAUUUAACAAAAAAGUCAGAUAACAGCCUCAGUACCCUUCCAGGUCUCAAACUGGUCCACCUAAACAUCCGCUCUCUGAAAAAUAACGCCCAUUUUUUAGAAUUACGUAAGUUUACCAAAUUUAACAAAAUUGACGUCCUUACAGUAUCAGAGACAUGGUUAAAUACCUCCGUCACAAACAAGGAAAUAGAAAUCGAAGGUUAUAAGCUACAUCGUUUAGACCGACUGCACAAGAAAGGGGGCGGGGUAUGUGCUUACAUACGAAAAGAUAUUAAAUCUCUUGUACUUAAAGACCUCAGUUAUAUCUCCGAGACGAAUUUCCAUCAAUUAUGGAUCAAAUUACAGCACAAAAAAUCUAAAUCACUGCUGGUCUGUGUCUCUUAUCGACCCCCAGACAGCCCGCUUGACUGCUUCGAAAAAUAUUUUAAACCUAAUUAUGUUCAUGCUCUGACGAUGGGAAAGUUGAUCAUUCUUCUUGGAGACCUAAACUGCGAUAUGCUUAAGCCCACACCUGGAUCAGCGUCUUUGAUCAAGACGACAAAAGAACUCAACCUUAACCAGUUAAUAAAAUCACCAACAAGAAUUACUGAAUCCAGUCAGACCCUCGUCGACGUUAUUUUCGUAUCCUCGCCAAGACUAGUAGUCAACAGCGGCGUCAUAGAAACCUGUAUCAGCGAUCAUUUCCCUGUGUAUGUAUCACUAAAACUUAAAACCGACAAAUCUCCACCAAACUAUAUCACUACCCGCAGCUACAAUAAAUACGACCCUGAUUUGUUCGCGAUCGAUCUGGCAUCCAACCGUGAUCGUCUUGUUUCCAUUUUCAGAAUGGACAAUGUUGAUGAAAAACUAACCAUUUUUAAUGAAAUAUUUUUAAAUACAUUGGAUAAACACGCCCCAGUAAAGACCAUAAAAGUACGCGGAAAAUCUUGCCCAUUUAUCACCCCGGAAAUAAAAGCAUCCAUGAUCAAAAGAGACCAGCUCCACAGUCUUUUCAGGAAAACACGUGAUCAUUAUGAUUGGCUUAAUUUCAGAGAGGGCCGCAAUUUUACAAAAACCGCACUUGUUAAUGCACAGAAAGAAUAUGUACUGAAGGAAGUUCAGCAACACAGAAACAAUACUGGGUCACUUUGGAAGGUAAUUAAUUAAAGAAAAUAUAGCGUAUAGGGAAAGAGAGUCGGUGGUCUACAGUAAGGAACCGAAAUUAGUGGCCGAAGAGUUUAAUCAUUUCUUUUCCACCAUUGGUGUGAAUGCAGCAAAGAAAGCCUCAACACUAAUACAAGAUCCUAGUGUUUAUCCAGCUCGGAAUCUUUCUGACGUAAAUCGCACAGAUAACAGCUACCCUGAAGAAAAUGAUAGAUUUAGUUUCACCCUAGUCUCUUGUUCAGAAAUAAGGAACAUCAUAUUAGCUAUGCCGUCAAACAAAUCACCCGGCAAAGACAAAGUGAGUAUGCGUGUCAUCAAACACAGCCUACCGGUAAUUCUUGGGCCCCUCACCGAUAUCAUUAACUGUUCACUGUCGUCAUCUUCGUUCCCUAUAGCAUGGAAAGAGGAAGAAGUUAUCCCUUUGUUAAAGGAUGGAAACCACGAGGAAGCAUCAAAUAACCGCCCACUUUCUCUCCUUACCUUUCUUUCGAAAAUUUGUGAAAAAGUCGCCUUGAAUCAAUUUGGUUCGUAUCUAAUGAAGAACAAAAAAUUGUCAACCCACCAGAGCGGGAACAAGAAACAUCACUCAUGCGAAACAUUGAAUCUUUUGACCGGAGAUACUAUCCUAAAGGCCAUGGAUGGGAAAUUGGUUACUGCACUGAUUCUAAUAGAUCUAUCUAAAGCUUUCGACAGUGUAAAUCAUACUUUUCUCCUUACAAAACUUAGCAACGUCGGGGCUUCUCCAAGCGUUGUAAAAUGGUUUGAGAGUUACUUGACCGGAAGAACUCAAUCAGUCAGAAUUGGAUCUACUGUGUCUGCUCCUCUCCCUGUUUUUUAUGGUGUACCACAGGGUGCAAUUUUAUCACCUUUACUUUUUAGUAUUUAUACUAACGAUUUGCCCUCAUCAGUCCACCAUAGUAAACUUGAAUCGUACGUGGACGACUCCAAGAUAUUACUAUCUUUCACUGUGGCUAACGUGGACUGUUUAAAGCAACAACUUGAGGAAGACUUGUAUUUGAUUGCAAACAGUUGUUCCGAAAAUGAAUUGCUUAUUAACCCGGGAAAGACCAAAUAUAUGCUGAUUGGCACACGGCAAAACCUACAACAACUUCCCGUAGAUAUGACCAUAAACUUCCUCAACGAGACUAUUACCCCCGUCUCCUUUGCCAAAGAUCUAGGAAUGACAAUCGACUCUUAUUUGACAUAUGACCAGCAUAUCACCAACCUGGUUUCCUCAUGUAUGAAUUCCCUGUGCCAAAUAAACCGAGUCAAAAAAUGUUUCGAUAAAGAAGCUUUAACUCUCAUCGUCUCGGCACUUGUAAUGAACAAAAUGUUCUAUUGUUCAACGGUUUGGUCAAACACUUCGUCUACCAACAUUAAGAAACUACAGUUGGUACAAAAUUUUGCAUGCAGGAUAAUAACAAAUAUUGGAAAGUUCGACCAUAUUUCGCCGGGCUUACGUGAACUUAACUGGCUCCCAGUAAAGGAACAAUUACUACUAAGAGAGGCUAUUAUGAUGUACAAAUGUGUCAAUGAACUUGCUCCACAUUAUUUGAGCGAUUUAUUCACAAAACGUUCUGACAUUCAUCAACGAGAUACACGUAGCCAUGACUCACUGCAAAUACCAUUGUACAAAACUUCUGCAGGUCAAAGGUCCUUCCAUUAUAGAGGCGUUACACUCUGGAAUGAUUUGGACAUAAAGUACAAAAAGUUAGACUCCCUAAAAACUUUCAAAAACGAACUGAAGCGAAGCAUGCUAGAACAAAUAUAUAAGUAG